GUAAUCGAAAAAUUUACAUUUCGUAAUUUGCAUUGAUUGAUUCGAAAAUGGAUAAUGAGGAAAUGAAAAACGAUGAAAUUAUGGCACUUUCAGCCAUUUAUGGUGAUGAUUGGAAAGUAGAAAAUCUCGACACUUCCACCUUUUCGUUAAGAAUAUUCUCUGAAAACGAUCCAGAUAAAAUUCAUCCAUCAACUAUAGAAUUUCGAUUACCACAAAAAUAUCCCAGUGAAGCAAAACCCAUGAUAACAAUUUCAGCACCAUGGAUGUCUCGUGAAGAUAAAUCUAUGCUCAUCGAUGAUAUCGAUACAAUCUGUGAUGAACAUCUAGGAGAGAAUGUAUUGUAUAUGAUCAUUGAAAAAUUGAAACAAUUUAUUAAUGAAAAAAUAUCAUUUGAAAAAAUCGAAGAAUCUAAUGAAAUUUUACAAAUGAAUGAGAAUAUCGAACCUGCCGAGAUUAUGAUAUAUCAUGGAUCACCAAUAACCGAUCGAAAAAGUACAUUUCAAGCACAUUUAGCUUUUGUGGAAUCAUUGACAAAGGUGAAAAAUGUUUUAGUACAAUUGAAAACGAAUAAAAAGAUUGAUGAAGCAACGCAUAAUAUUUAUGCUUAUCGAAUUAUCGAUCCGGAACGUGCCAAUAAAUUGGAUCAAGAUUAUGAUGAUGAUGGUGAAACGCAUGCAGGAUCACGAUUAUUGAAAUUAUUAGAAAAUAUGGAUGCCAAAAAUGUUUUAGUUAUAGUUUCACGAUGGUUCGGUGGAACAUUAUUAGGUGUGGAUCGAUUUCGUCAUAUACAAAAUGUGGCCAAAGAAUUAUUGGUUAAACAUAAUAUUGGCAAUAAAUAAAUAAAUUGAAUUCUUAAGCACUCA